CAGAUAUCGAAGAUAUGACGUCAUGUGUUGUUAUGGUUGUGAAGGUAUCAAGUUAUUUAAACUAAUGUGAUAACUGUUAAAUUGGGAUUUAUUACCAUGAAAUAAACAAAUCGAUAGACGUUAAACUGGUUUUUUAAGCAGAUAAUAAUUUAUGUUACAAAGUUAAAAUAAAUCAUGAAGAUAAACGAGAAAAAUCUGGCAGCUUUUGCAACUUCGCCCACACCUGUGGACAGAGAGGGUUGGCUGGUCAAGAGAGGGGAAGUGAACAAAGGCUACCAGAAGAGGUGGUUCAUUUUGAAAGGCAACCUCUUGUUCUAUUUUGAGAAACGUGGAGAUAAAGAGCCUGUGGGCGUUGUUGUCCUGGAAGGCUGCACUAUAGAACUGUCCGAGGAUGAGGAGCAGUUCAGUUUCAAGAUAGUAUUUCACGGACCAGGCAACCGCAGCUACAUCCUAGGGGCAGAGUCCCAGGAGUCCAUGGAGCAGUGGAUGAAGGCGUUGGCCUGUGCCAGUUAUGACUAUAUGAAACUGAUGGUAGCAGACCUCCAGAAGCAGCUGGAUGAGAUGGAAGAAAAUAUGCCUCUAUCGGCGGAAGUGGCAGGUGGGCCAUCACCACAGCCUCCUCCUCGUACAAGACACAACCCGUUUAACCGAGGACACACCUCCAAUGGCACCGCCACUCACCACAUGCGCUCACACAGUGUGCGUUCAGCUCCCGCUCGUGCUGACAACCCCACUCGCACUGAAAACACCACCAGGCACCGAAUAACCUUCCGAGAACUACACACCGCGUACGGCCGACCAAUCCUCACAGAUCGCAAUGAGUGGAGGCACCGCCAGAAACAAGAGCAAGAGAGCAAAGAAGUGCCCCUCAUUACGUUAUGAGGAAACACCUCCUAGGCUCUGUAGUGUGAUCUGUAUUUAUGGUUGUUUGUAAUUUAUUUCAUAGUUUCCAUAAAGUAUUACGGAUACAAACCAU